AUGAAUAAAGAAAACAAAAAGAAGACAUACGAACGUUUACAAAAUACCUUGAUAACUUCAACAGAACGACCGAAAAAAUUUACACAGAUUCAAAAGCCUCAAAAUACCUCUAAACAAAAUGAAAAUAAAGUUGUUAAAAAGAAGCAAGAAAAUGACGAAGGACGUAAUGCCCUAAAUUCAAUUCAUGAAAAAGAACAAGCCGAAAGACGUCGCUUGCUGGAAGAGUAUCGGAAGAAGAGAGAAUUAGAAAAGCUUAAAAGUCAGAAGCAGGUUAAGCCAAAGAAAUCUGUCGAACUUAAGCUUCAGACAAGUAAGACGACAAAGAAUGGUCUUGCAAAAAAUGCACCUACUUCAGAAUUUGCAAAACAAAAUGUGCGUCAGACGCCUGUUCGAAAGCCCGAAAAUUUAUCGUUAGUACAAUCGAAAAAUAUAAUUACGCCUACACCUGUGGCAUCCAAGGAGGAGAUAGCUAACAACGUUAAAGGAUCGGAAUUUGAUACAGAUAACACAAAUGUUCCGGUGAAAGUUACUCUAAAUGAUAAAGGACCAGACACUCCACUUGUAGACUCUUCGCAAAAACUUGAAAGAUCGCAACAUUUGAUGUCUUUGGAUAAAACUAAAUAUAGCGAAAUAGUUUCUGCUGACAAAGAAUUGACAAUACAAACACCAGUUUCAGUUUCUGCGGUGCAGGCAGAGAAACCACGACACUUUAUUACUUUGGAUAAUAUAAAUUUUUAUGACGGUGAAAGUGACAUGUUUUAUUAUGUGGGUAAUGAUAUAGAUUUAAUGGAUCCAAUUGACAAAGAAUCAACGACGCCGACUUCGAUUUCUAUGAAUAGUACACCUGUGCGUAGUCAUUCAAAGAUCUACUCGAGUCCUGUAAUUAAAGUGUCGGGAAAACCUCAACGCGUGUUGUUAACCAAUCAAAUCUCGGAUGAUGCUAAAGACAAAAUAGAUUCUAAAAAUGGUUCGCCGACGCCAACAGCGACUUCACCUAUGAGUGUAGUCGCUCGUAGACGUUCAAAAAUAUAUUCGAGUCCUUCGGUGAAAAUAUCUGGAAAAGCUCAACGCGUGAGAGUGCAGAUGUCAAGUGGAAAAGAUUUUACUCCUGAGUCGGAACCUUUGUCAAAUACCACUCGUGAAUUAGAAAUCACACCUACAUCAACGAAAUUAACCUCUCGUAGACGUUCAAAGAUAUAUCAAAGUCCAACGUUAAAGUUGACUGGGAAAGCUCAACGAAUGAUAGAUGUUCCAAGAAAACAUCUCUCUGAAAAGGAUAACGACCAAACAACUACGAGAUCGGCGGCUGCCCCAAAAAAUAAAUUAUCCUUAACACCGUUGAAUCCUAGGGAACGUUCUUUAAUCUAUUCGAAUUCAGUGAACAAAUUGUCUGAAAGUAAGGAGGACGAAGAGAACUCAAACUGUAUUUCUACACCUAAACGUUCUAUACAUCCUAUAUUUAAAUUCAAGGCUCAACGCUUAGAAAACUCAAAGGAAGAUGGUUUGGUUUCAACAGAGAAAAAUGACACUAACAAUGCAGAAGGCAAAGCAGAUGAUAACACAGACCAAGAUAUAGAGUUAAAAAUUCAAAAAUUUUUCACUUCUUUACAAUCCCUUCCCACUAGCGUGAAUAUUAAACAAAACAUAGACGAUAGUCUUUCAAAUAGUAUAGAUAGUCUACCGGAAUGCCUACCUCAAAAUAAUGUGUCCCUCCAUCUAGACUACGAAAGUGCCAGUUUUGAUACUAGUGUAUAUCAACAGGAAACUGUUCUGGAAGAUUCGAUGGUCGAAAGUAAUGAUAAAGGUAAUGACAACGAGAAAGUUGUGGAAAGUCCGGAGGAAUCUUCUCUUACUGUCUUAACUCCAGUAAAGGCAAAAAAGAAGGAACGCGAAGAGUUGGGUGUCUCUUCAGUUGUGACGCCUGUAAGACGGUCGGCAAGAAAUCAAAAAAGUUCGCCAGAUACUUAUAUGCUAACACCGGAAGAUCAAGUUCGCAAGUUGUUAGAAGAGAAUGGCUUUACUUAUGUCUCGAAUCCGGCAUUGAAUUGUGAAAAUAAUUUUGCACCUCUAAAGAGAACUCCCAAGAAAGUCGGUGAAGAAAGUUUCGAAAGUCGAACCGACACCGAAAGACAAAAAUCUUCCAGAAAAAGUGUUAAAUGGGAAGAUCUUACUAAUUUGUUAGAGCUAGUACCAAAAAAUAUCUAG